AUGACCAACUUCGUGAAGCCCGGCAGCGAGGCUGACGGCAGCAGACGUGACCCCAAGCUCGCCAUACGCAGGCCUAACCCGGAAGCAAGCCAAGUCCCAGGCGAUCCCCUCGUUCUCCCUCCCGGUAUCGACGGCUCCACCUUCAAGAAGUUCACCGCCGCCGUCGCCGAUAUCACUGGUUCCGACAACGUAACCGUCAUCUCCAGUGCCGAGCAGCUGCACAAGCAGGACUACCUCGACCCAAGCAAGGCACAUGACAUGUACCACAUUCUCGGAAAGGGCUACUUCGUCUCCUCGGCAGUGGUGGCCCCGCGCGACGUCUCCGAAGUCCAGGCCAUUGUCCGGCUAUGCAACGAGUUCGAGAUUCCGCUCUGGCCCUUUUCCGUCGGACGCAAUGUUGGAUAUGGAGGAGCUGCACCUCGAGUGCCCGGGUCUAUUGGUCUCGACAUGGGCAGGCAUAUGAAUAAAAUUCUGAAGGUGGAUGUGGAGGGUGCCUAUGCGCUGGUCGAACCCGGCGUGACUUUUUCGGAUCUUCACCAGUACUUGGUCGACAACAACCUCCGGGACAAGCUCUGGGUCGACGUUCCUGACCUUGGAGGGGGUUCCGUCCUUGGGAAUACUAUCGAACGAGGAGUGGGCUAUACGCCAUAUGGGGACCACUUCAUGAUGCACUGUGGCAUGGAAGUUAUCCUACCAGACGGCACUCUGGUUCGCACCGGGAUGGGUGCACUCCCCAACCCUGAUGCGGACCCAAACGCACCACCGCACGAGCAAGAACCAAACUCGACCUGGCAGCUGUUCAACUACGGAUUUGGGCCGUACAAUGACGGCAUCUUUAGCCAGUCGUCUCUCGGCAUUGUCGUAAAGAUGGGCGUGUGGCUCAUGGUCAACCCAGGUGGCUAUCAAUCCUACCUGAUCACCAUCCCGAAGGACGAGGACCUUCACCAGGCUGUCGAGAUCAUCAGGCCGCUCCGGACAUCAAUGGUCCUGCAGAAUGUGCCGACGCUGAGGCAUAUCCUGCUGGAUGCAGCUGUCAUGGGUGAUCGCGCAUCAUACACGUCCUCCAAGAAACCUCUCAACGACGAAGAGCUCGACGAGAUUGCAAAGAAGUUGAACCUGGGCCGCUGGAACUUUUACGGGGCGCUGUACGGGCCCGAACCCAUCCGGCAGGUUAUGUGGGAGGUAGUGAAGAAGUCAUUCUCUGCCAUCCCCGGCGCCAAGUUCUACUUCCCCGAAGACAUGCCCGACAACGUGGUGCUGCAGACCCGCGACCUCACACUGCAGGGAAUCCCAACCACAACCGAGCUGAAAUGGGUCAACUGGCUCCCCAACGGUGCCCACCUCUUCUUCUCCCCGAUCGCCAAAGUCACCGGCCCGGACGCCACGGCCCAAUACGAGGUAACGCGUCGGCGGUGCGAGGAGGCCGGCUUCGACUUCAUCGGCACCUUUGUGGUCGGCAUGCGCGAGAUGCACCACAUCGUCUGCCUCGUGUUCGACCGCUCCGACCCGGCGUCCUGCCGCCGCGCCCACUGGCUGAUCAGCACGCUGAUCGACGAUGCCGCGAAGAAGGGGUGGGGGGAGUACCGCACGCAUUUGGCGCUCAUGGAUCAGAUUGCGGGGACGUAUAAUUUCAAUGGGAAUGCCCAGAUGAGGCUGAAUGAGGCCAUCAAGGAUGCCUUGGACCCGAAGGGUAUAUUGGCCCCAGGGAAGAACGGAAUUUGGCCGCGGCGGUAUGAUAAAGAGGCUUUUACGGUACCGCCGAGUGAGCUGUGA